CGUCAAUAUUCGUCAAAAGUUUUUCCAUGCAGCUACACUCAGUUUUCGUGCGUAAAAUUUUCAACUUCAAAUUUGUGAAAAAUUUCUUAAUAUUACUCUACAUUCCAUUUACAAAUCAGUAGCUGUGCUUUUAUCUUUUGCAGAACCCAGUGCAGAUAUCCAAAAGGCGCAAAGUUGAGCCACAUAUGGACUUGUGUUUAGGUAUACGAACACGCUAGACUGCGUGGGAGGAUAUCGAUAGCCUAGGGGUAAUAGCUUCCUUCAAUUAAAGUGGUGUAAUACCUACGAAAUUAGGAUGUCGAUCGAAGUUGAAAUCAGCGAAAGUGAUGGGUUACAAUUAAAUAUCUUCGAUGAAUAUGGCGAAAAGUCUGAAACGGUUAUUCAUACCGAUGCUUUGAUUGCGGGAAACGAACAGCUGUUGCGAACUACAGCAUCGGAUGAUGAUUUCGAUUUUGAUUCGGCAUUUAGUUCUGAGUCAAACAACAUCCUAACAGAUGAGAACAUUGAACCUGGUGCGCACUAUGGCGGACCGGAAACAGCCAGUGGCGGAACGGAAACAAAUAGGCUGCAAUCUCUUGAAGAUGAACACGAAACUCUGUCGUCCAGCCUGAUGGCCCUUACUUCCCAUUUUGCACAGGUUCAACUGAGGCUUCGUCAGAUAGUCGAUGCCCCACAGGAAGAAAGAGACUACUUGCUGAAAAAUUUGGAAGAGUUUGCAUUUUUAGGCAUACCAGAGCUGCAACAGAAGACGGUAAAAAAGAACAUUCCUGAGAUGGUGGCUAAUUUGGACAACAGUCCUGAAUCCGUUGAGAGCUUACGCGAAAAACAGCACGCUCUUAUAGAACAACUCAAAAACCAACUGAUUGACUUAGAACGAUAUGCCUACGAAUCCGGAACUGGGAUUCUCCCGCAUACGAUUCUGCUGGAAAAACAAAAGGUUAUUAUUGAUGAGAUCAAAAACAAAAUCCACUUGAAUCUAAAUGAGCUAGAUUUACCCCAAUUAACAACAGAAGAUUUAAGAAAUCAGGUUGACUCAGCAUUAGAUGAGCAACUGGUAAACCCGUUAAAAAUGAAAGAACAAUUAGUUUCACAGCUUAAAACUCAGAUACAGGACUUGGAAAGAUUCAUCAGCUUCCUCCAAACGAACGAAAAAGAAGAAAUAAAAAAGAGAUUUCUUCAGCAACAGGAACUAGCAAAAGCGGAAGCUGCUGAACGUGCCGAAAAUCGAGAAAGAGCUAAGUCACGCUCACUUCCCGCCAAUCAGGGACAAACAAAACCGGAAAAAUCUACGGAAGAUACUAAUCAUGCAUCAAGUCGAAGAGAUUCGUUCAAUAGCAAAGCAUUUGGGCUUUUGGACAAAGCUAGCACGAUUUUACAAAUGUUCGCCAUUUCACAAUUACAUUGUAAAAGUGAGCGGAAUCAAGAACAGUUCCAGCGUAAUAUAUUGAAGCGAUCCAAGGAAAACUGCUGGGGUAAUAUAAGGGCCAAGUUAGAGAUUGAUGUGCAAGAAGUAGUGUCCCUGGCGAUGGAAACACAGGACGAUGUGCAACAAUUAGAAACAGCCAGCGAGUGUGGUGACCUGCAAGUAACCAAUACACACAAAAACUUUGAAUUGACGAUGUUUGUGCGCAAACAUUUGGCCAAAACAAUUCAAGCUUUAAUGCAACAUGGCCUACGAGGGAUUUCGGAGAGCAAUGGUAGUAUAGUUCCAUUCUUCGCUGGUUGUUUCAAUGGGGGAAACUACCAACAGCCGACGCAAUCUCGAACACAUGAUGAAUAUUUUUAUAGAGAAAACAUAAAAAAACGUUGCACGGCAGGUAAUUCUAAAUCGGCUACGACUGCUUCUAGGCGUCAUUCGGAGUUUACUGACGGUGAUGACGUGACAGAACAGAGUCACUUUCCGCAGUUAGAAGAAGAAGAAAAUGAAGAAACAAUCUACUACAGCGGGGAUGACGCAGAAAUGCAUGCAUGGGAACUACUGUUGUUGUACUAUCACAUUAAAAAUGGUGAUCGGUAUAACUCGACUCCAGCUAGAAAAUUAUCAGAGAGCUUUAACCUGGAUUUGGUCGAAGGAAGGCCGCAGUCGAAUAAACAGAGUUUGUUAAGUACCAUCGGUACGAUAGUUUCCUUGCAUAGUCCUUAUAAGAGGAGCUAUAAUUCACAGUUCAAAGCAUUCAUCUGCGCUGCAUUGAAUGCCCAGAAGCUGACGCAGUGGUUGCACCUCGUUUACCAGUGCAAAGAGUUGAUCAAUUCAUACUACAGCAGUUGGAGUUAUGUAGCUAAUACGGGCUUCCGCGAUGCUAUGAAAACGCUGGACCGUUUGACGCAGUACCGAUUUGAUUUGCCGGUAGAUUUAUCCAUUCGUCAGUUUAAAAAUAUCAAAGAUGUAUUUAUGUAGGAUCUCCAUCUACGCAACUGCUCAUCAUCAAAGUAUUCCUAGGUACCUCUAAGAUGUACACUAUGAAUGACUCGUGUACUACUGUCUAUGUAAACCAGUAAACAUUCCGUUCGAAAAUAAUGUCCAACAAUCUUUCUCUAAAAACUUAUCCUCUCUAAGCUUUAACAACAUACAUUUCGUUAACCCAUGCUUACCCAGCACAUACCGAUGCAGGCACGAACAAUCCGAAAGUUUUAAACUAACAAAAAAAUAGUUCCCUUAUUACAAAAAAAGAUCAAUAUAACAAAAUAAUGAGCAGUGAUUUACGUUGAUUGAUUGCUACUGCGCAGAGUAAAAAAUAAAAUAAACAGAAUCUGACAUAAUCUGUUAUGGUGAAAUUAGAGAUAAUUUCUCGAAGUAUCAUUAUAAAGUUGACACAGAUGAGGAAAUAAUAAAAAUAUACAUAGGAGAAUGAUAAAGCCAUUGUUAACUGAGGAUGCGUUAUAUAUGAAACUAUUAAAUAAUAAACAUGUUUAUAAUCAAUUCAAAAUAAAUCUGAUACCGAACCGAAAA